UAAAUUGAUGACUUAUGCACUUCGCGAAUGGCGAAGUCAAGUAAUCUCCGACGCCUGCUGAUGCAACGUAAUUGUUAAGAGCUCGUCUAUAGUCGAUCGAUGAUUCUCAUUUCGAACGGUGUUCUGAUACGAUAUACAGGGGAAAUUCAUAAAGUUCUUGGAAAUUGCUGUAGGGGUCCAUGACCUCCCUCGUAGGCUACCCCGGGUUUCGGAUUUCCGGGGGUUCUUGGCUCUCGCCGUAGGCCAACCCUUCCUUGGACUCCCACCUUUCUCCACCGGCGCUUCCGAGGAGACUGACCAUGCAAGGGUGGUGGCCCUCCACUUUCGAGAAUUAAUAUUUGCUCUGUUAUUCGUACUUAUCAAUUCGUACUUAUAAUGUUUAAUAAUGUUUCUAAAUCACUUUUAAUAUUAAUAUCAUCAAAAUUAAGAUUUCAUUUAGAAUUGUAAUGAUUUUUAAUGACUUUCUGUUUAACCCUGUGCGCACUUCCCUUCUCGAGGUGCGCUGAGUUUGAUAAUCGUUAACGUAGCAAUCCACUUUAUCCCCAAACGGUGGAUGUUUUCCGAUGAACAGCGAGAAACGGGUGGUUGUUUCAUAGAAAUUACACGGCACCACCGGCGUGAUGACUUGUGGCGCCGUCAAGGGACGACGCCUCGAAGUCUCUCGACGAUCAUUGAACAAUAUCUCGUUCGACGACUCAGGUCUUCGUCGUACUGUACGAAGGUGUAAAGCACGCCGUCGUGCAACGGCACCCUCGUGCAGUGCGUGAUAACGUGAUAUAUAUAUGUACAGUGUGUGUGAUGCGUAAAUUUCACUUCGUUUCCUGUGCUUAGUGGUCCGUACACGCGAAACGGUGUCUAGAAAGGUGUCUAAAGGAAGUAAUGGUUAUGGUGACGGUAGUGAUGACAGUGGGAGAAAACGUAGAAUGCCGGUGUCGAUGUUCCACGAUCGUAGAAACGAUAGAUGGUGCCCACCCAACUCGCACCGGUUGAUGAUCGUUUUCUUAAAGAUAUCGUAAAAGUAGCCCCAGUGUACUCGUGUCUCAUCUAUUCUGUUCGUUACUGUCAUCGACGACAUUGUGCGGUGGUAGUAGUCUCGUUGUGUGGAUUUCCGUCUGGUCGGGAUUCGUUCUUGUAUCUCGAAAAGGAGCAUCCUCAUCGAACUAUUGAUUAGCGUGGCAGCGUUUCGAACGUUUUUUUUCUUCUAUGUGCGUCCACCGAACGAACGCUUUCUCCAUAGGAAAAAUUCGCGUUAAACGGCCUCGAUAUGUACUCUCACCAACGACGAUCGUUAUAACGACGUCGCCCUCGUCGACGCGGGCGCUUCGACCGCCAGUACUCUUGCACUGACUGCGAAAACAACGAGGUAACCUGAUUCCCCUUUAGAAAGGAAACGAAGGUCGUACGAUGUCUUAGAAACUGAUCGUACGGCUGUUAUCGUCGUAUGGGAGGAUAAUUAGGAAACGUUAUUGCUCAUACAUGUUAUAUACGGUUAUUGCAGCGGAAACAACGAGGAAUCGAUACGAUAAUAAACGUUGUAUGCCGAUGACAUUUUGUUAUCAGAUACGAUGCCGGUAAUCGGUCAAAAUGAUCCUUGAUAACAGAUGUCUAAUAAUAUGUGCCAAUUGAACGAGAAUAUAAAUAUACUUUUGUACGAACACAUGUUUCGGAGCAUUAGCUAGUACGCGUCCAAGUACCCAUGGAGCAUCACACGCCUAUUUGUCAAAAUUAUUCAUCAAUAUAAUUCAUUCAGUAUUUCAUCCAGAAUUCUUGUCUGGAAAAGAGCAAGGCCGCCUCCCAGCUUUGGUAAAAGUAUCGAGUGUCUAGUAUUGCCUAACCCUUUUCCGAAUUCCAAGUUACCUAACCUAAACUUGAAUUUUAAAUCAAGCAUGCCUUAACGCGCGUUGAUACAUAUAUUUGAAAAUUUAUAUAAUCUUCUAUUUUCAUUCAUAAUUUCAUAUACAUAUCGCAUUUUGGCGCAGAUGUUUAGUUCUUAUAUGAUUAUACUGAGGGGGAGAUGGCAGGGUUAGGCCCACCCUAAUUCCUACGUAGUUACUCCAAAGUGUAUAAAUAUACACAUUUUGUUUGUAAACAUUGAUAUUUAUUCGAAUUCGCCCUCUACUUUAGAUUCACAUAUUUAGAACAUGGUCAAGAACGCGCGUUAUAAUUCUUUUCAAAGGGGGUUAGUUGCCUAUCCACUUUAUUGAUGAGAUAACACAAAGGAAAAUGAAACGAACACUCGGAAUUACUCAAGCACCUUUGAUACCAGACACGGCGCCCAUUUAGUAAUUUUCUAAGUAGAUAAAUCCCAACCGUAAAUGAUUUAUUUUUGAUUGUUGUUAUACAUUGCUCAGUAGCCAUCUAACGUUUCAAUUUUUCUAAACAAUUAAUACUGAAAUUUCAUUUACAUAAAUUAACUGGUUACACUUCGUGAAGUAAUUUUCUUCUGAAAUUAUCGUUCAAUUUCUGUUUCAUCUAAAAUACCUGGAAGCGCUUCCCCGAUUACUCGGUAAUCGUUUCCCCAUCACGGAAUUCGAGAAAUUGAGUCAUCACAAAGUAUUGAGCUCCAGGAUGUCGGUAUGGCUUUCUGGGAACUCUUCCGUUCCCUCACAGAAGACAAAUACAAAUCAUUGCAUAUUGUUGAACGUAUAAGAAACGGAGAGGAGAAUUCGCGCCAAUAACCGCGAGUACAACUCACAGUUUAAUUAUGCGAACAAUUACAUCAAGACGUCCAAGUAUUCGGUUCUGACGUUCCUACCAUUAAACUUGUUCGAGCAAUUUCAGCGGCUCGCUAACUUUUACUUCCUAUGCCUGCUGGUGCUUCAGAUGAUCCCCGCUAUCUCCUCCUUGACCCCCAUCACUACCGCCAUACCCCUUAUAGGGGUGCUCAUGCUCACUGCCGUCAAAGAUGCCUACGACGAUUUUCAACGGCACAGCAGCGAUUCGCAGGUGAACAAUCGAAAAUCUCAAACACUGCGAGGAACUAGUCUACGCGAAGAGAAAUGGUCGCAAGUGCAAGUAGGUGAUGUGAUCAGAAUGGAAAAUGAUCAGUUCGUUGCAGCCGACGUCCUUCUUUUAUCUACUAGUGAGCCAAAUGGUCUUUGUUACAUUGAAACCGCGGAAUUAGAUGGGGAGACAAAUUUAAAGUGUCGGCAGUGUUUGGCUGAGACUGCUGAGAUGAUGGAUAACCAUGAAUUGAUCGGUCAAUUUGAUGGAGAGAUUGUUUGCGAGACUCCUAAUAAUCUGUUAAAUAAAUUCGAUGGUAAUCUUACGUGGAAGGGACGAAAAUACCCAUUGGACAACGAUAAAAUUAUAUUACGGGGUUGCGUGCUUAGAAACACGCAAUGGUGCUAUGGUGUGGUCAUCUUUGCAGGCAAGGAUACCAAAUUGAUGCAAAACUCAGGGAAGACAAAAUUUAAAAGGACCUCUAUAGAUAGGCUGCUGAAUCUUCUCAUCAUUGGGAUAGUGUUCUUUUUACUUUCAAUGUGUUUAUUCUGUAUGAUCGGCUGUGGUAUUUGGGAGAGUCUUGUAGGCCGUUAUUUCCAAGUGUAUCUGCCAUGGGACUCGUUGGUGCCUAGCGAGCCUAUGGGUGGUGCCACAGUGAUCGCGCUACUUGUGUUCUUCUCUUAUGCUAUCGUAUUGAACACAGUGGUGCCAAUAAGUUUGUAUGUGAGUGUCGAAGUAAUCAGAUUUGUUCAAUCGUUUUUGAUCAAUUGGGACGAAGAAAUGUAUUAUGCACCAACGAAUACACACGCUAAAGCAAGGACUACUACGUUAAACGAGGAGUUGGGGCAAAUAGAGUAUAUAUUUUCCGAUAAGACCGGAACAUUGACGCAAAACAUUAUGACAUUUAACAAGUGUUCUAUAGCAGGAAAGUGUUAUGGAGAUGUUAUCGAUGAAGUUACCGGGGAAGUCGUCGAUUUAACCGAGACGGACAAAGCCGCCCGAACACCUACGAUGCGAUGGAAAAAUGGUCAAGAAUUUGUUCAAGUUUAUACACCAAUAAGUGGUCCGAACGUACGUCUACUGGAACAGGUGGACAGGAUAUCAAAUAUAAUUCGAGAUCCAGGCGUCUAUGGCAGCCCGAUGAUUCCACAUAAACGUUCAACAACGCCAUCGUUGGAUUUCUCCUUCAACAAGGAUUAUGAGCCAGAGUUCAAGUUCUAUGAUUCUGCACUACUUGAAGCUGUAAAGCGAGACAAUGAGGAUGUUCAUAGUUUCUUUCGAUUGUUGGCACUUUGUCAUACCGUCAUGCCAGAAGAGAAAAAUGGCAGGCUGGAAUAUCAAGCACAGUCACCAGACGAAGCUGCUCUCGUAUCGGCAGCUAGAAACUUUGGUUUUGUAUUUAAAGAACGAUCUCCAAAUAGUAUAACGAUCGAAGUUAUGGGGAAACGGGAAGUAUAUGAAUUGCUUUGCAUUCUUGACUUUAAUAACGUCAGAAAAAGAAUGUCGGUCAUUUUGAGGAAGGAUGGACAUCUUAGAUUGUAUUGCAAAGGAGCGGACAAUGUUAUUUAUGAAAGAUUGAAAAAAGGCAGCGAAGAGAUAAUGGCAAAAUCAUUGGAACAUCUUAAUAAAUUUGCGGGUGAGGGCUUGAGAACAUUGUGUCUUUCGGUCAGAGAUCUAGACGAGCAAUUUUUCAAUGAUUGGAAACAACGUCAUCAAGAAGCUGCCCUCAGUCAAGAAAACAGAGACGAUAAAUUGGAUGCUAUUUACGAGGAAAUAGAAAAGGAUAUGACCUUAUUGGGCGCUACUGCCAUUGAGGAUAAGUUACAGGAUGGUGUUCCUCAAACUAUAGCUAAUUUAGGUCUUGCUGGUAUCAAGAUCUGGGUUUUAACUGGUGACAAACAAGAAACGGCUAUCAAUAUUGGUUAUUCCUGCCAGUUGUUGACAGACGACCUUACUGACGUUUUUAUAGUAGAUGCCACUACCUAUGAUGGCGUUGAAAAUCAGUUAACACGAUAUUUGGAAACUAUCAAAACAACCUCCAGUCAUCAUAAUCGGCCAACUCUAUCCGUCGUCACAUUCAGGUGGGACAAGGAAAGCAGCGAUACUGAAUACAAUCCUAGCAGGGAUGAACAAGACGAACACGAAAUGGAACAAGCAACUGGGUUUGCAGUAGUUAUUAAUGGUCAUUCUUUGGUUCAUGCUCUACAUCCGCAACUUGAACAACUUUUCCUUGAUGUAUCAAGCCAAUGUAAAGCUGUGAUAUGUUGUCGCGUGACACCCUUACAAAAAGCAAUGGUCGUCGAGUUAAUAAAGAAAAAUAAAAAUGCCGUAACUUUAGCGAUUGGCGAUGGAGCUAACGAUGUCUCGAUGAUAAAAACAGCUCAUAUAGGUGUUGGCAUCAGUGGUCAAGAAGGAUUGCAGGCCGUAUUAGCAUCCGAUUAUUCAAUAGGGCAAUUCAGAUUUUUGGAGAGACUGCUUCUUGUUCAUGGCAGAUGGUCGUAUUAUAGAAUGAGCAAAUUUCUUCGAUAUUUUUUUUACAAGAACUUUGCGUUUACAUUGUGCCACAUCUGGUUUGCAUUUUUCUGUGGAUUCAGUGCACAGACGGUAUUUGAUCCUAUGUACAUUUCUGUCUACAAUCUAUUUUAUACGUCAUUACCUGUAAUGGCAGUUGGUAUAUUUGAUCAAGAUGUUAACGAUAAAAAUAGUUUAAUGUAUCCGAAACUAUAUGCACCCGGAUUACAAAAUUUACUUUUUAAUAAAAAGGAAUUUUGCUGGAGUGCAAUACAUGGUUUUUUUGCCAGUUGUGUAUUAUUUUUAGUUCCGUAUGGAACAUAUAAGGAUGGAGUAUCACCAAAGGGCUAUGUACUUUCUGAUCAUAUGUUGCUGGGAAGUGUUGUAGCCACCAUAUUAGUCAUUGUUGUGACUGUUCAAAUAGCCCUUGAUACAUCGUAUUGGACGAUUGUUAAUCAUAUUAUGGUUUGGGGCUCACUCAUUUGGUAUUUUGUUUUAGAUUAUUUCUAUAACUUCGUCAUAGGUGGUAGUUAUGUUGGCAGUCUUACAAUGGCAAUGUCUGAAGCAACGUUUUGGUUCACGGCGGUCAUUUCCUGUAUCAUAUUGGUAAUACCUGUACUCUCGUGGCGAUUUUUCUUCAUAGAUGUUAGGCCAACGUUGUCUGACAGAGUUAGACUUAAGCAGAGGUUGGCGCAACUUCGUUCUCGUCAAAGUCAAGACAUACUUCGUACCCCGUCUACGAGACGAACGCGACGAUCUCUUCGUUCGGGAUACGCUUUCGCGCAUCAAGAAGGUUUUGGCAGACUCAUUACAUCCGGAAAGAUUAUGCGAAAAUUACCAAAUGGUGCAGAUUUUAAGUUUGCCAUGCCAUUUACGAACAAUACCAGCAAACAAGUUAGUGUUGCCACAACAUCACCAAAGGAUAAUGCAUCAAAAAAUUCGCACACAUUGGAUACUAUUAAUCUAUAAUCUGGACGUUAUAUUGUAAGUCUUUCCGCCGUCUACUAAAUUUCGUACGAAUUCUUUAUUAAGCUACAUAGCAGCAUCGUAUAAAAGGAUCACUCAAAUUUUGCAAACAAAUUUUUAUUUUAUCAGUCAAUAAAUUUUUUGAAUGGGAUUAUAUUAGUCCAUGAAAUUUUGUUAUGUUUACAGUCGCUUCUGAUUACACGUAACACACAGACCUUUUGUCUAAAAACAUUGCAAUAACUAAAAAUAUAUUUGCUAGCAUAUUAAAUUUAACUUUUUGUAUUGAUGCUUACAGAGAUUUAAGUAAUCGAAUUUCAUAAGACAAUAAAGUAUUAAUUGUUUGCAUAAGAAAUUUUACAUACCAACAUCUGUAGAAGAGUACUGUUUCUUUCAUCACCAAAAAUUAUUGUUAGUUAUAAAUCGUUUUAAUAAAGUGCAUUUUUUACAAGAUCAAUUAUUAUUCUAGGCUCUUAUUCAAAUUUUUGUUCACUUAUUUUUCCAUUGCUUCUUAAUUUUCUUUUUAUUACCAGCAAAAUUUAAAUUUGAGUUUCUUUAAAUAUAAAUAGCAACAAAUAACAUUCGUUUCACGUGGUUAUUUUAUAGUACAUAAAAAAUAUUUUGGUUUUAAGUUUGGUAAUUUAAAACAAGAGCCUAGAAUAAAAUUGAUUUUAAAGUUACAGCUCAUCGAACCAUUAAUAAUGACCUCUAACCGACUUUUAAAUAGUGCACAUUAAUAAAAAUGCACAGGUUGAUUUAUGAUUAUACAUUUUUGCUUCGAAUGCGAAGAAAAGAAAAUAACAAAGUUUUAAUGGCGAUCAAAAUGUAAGAUCUGCUAUUCAUCUACUUGCUGCCUGUAACUAAUUGUUCGGUCAUUGGUUAAAAUGAAUCACUUUGCUGUUACUUACUAACGUAUUAUUGUGAAUAGAAGUAUCAGUCUAAUAAGGUCUAUGGUAAUGGUAGACCAGUGUCAUUCUGCAUGCUACAUUUGAAAUAUGUCUAAAAAUUACUUUCAAAUCUAGCAUUUAUGAAUCACAGAUAUAGAAUUAUUGCAAAGAAUUGAAAUGUCACUUUCAAAAAUAAAUAUUCU